AUGUCCACCGAAUGGUCUUUGGAUUUCUGUCUCGUCUGUGACCGACAGACCUCGGGCGGUCCCUACUGCUCUCAAUCAUGUCGACUCGCCGAGCUGGAUCGAACAUCUGCCGAAGACGACUCGUCGCAGAAGCCUCGACAGACUGUGAAUAUCCAUUCUCGUUCAUCCACCGCCGACUCCAACAUUGACACCCGAUCUGCACGUAGCCUAUCGGCUUCGUCCUCCCAAACCUCGCUAUCCUCCCUCAGGAGCCACGCCUCAAAUGCCACCCUUUCCGACCAGCUUCAGGAUGAGCUGCGAGACUAUGCGAGCUGCUUCGAUCCCGUCCGAGACCUCAAGCGGCGCUUGACCACCUCGUAA